ACCUGUCAAAUCCCGCUCUCUCUGAAUUUUCAUUUCCCUCUAAAAAAACGCAAUCACCUUCAACAAAUCUUAAGAUCUUUUGGUUAUUGAAUCUGUGUAACAAUGGAGGCAACGACAAAGGCAACGAAAGGUGCAGGAGGAAGGAGAGGAGGAGAACGAAAGAAGUCAGUUUCGAAGUCAACUAAAGCUGGUCUUCAGUUCCCUGUGGGUCGUAUCGCUAGGUUCUUGAAGAAAGGUCGUUACGCUCAACGUGUUGGUUCUGGUGCUCCUAUUUACAUGGCUGCUGUUCUUGAAUAUCUCGCUGCUGAGGUGUUGGAAUUGGCCGGAAACGCAGCAAGAGACAACAAGAAAAACAGAAUAAACCCAAGACACGUCUUGUUGGCUAUAAGAAACGAUGAAGAACUGGGAAAAUUGCUGCAGGGCGUUACAAUCGCAAGCGGAGGAGUGUUGCCUAACAUUAACCCAGUUCUUUUACCCAAGAAAAGUGCAAGCAGUGAGAAAUCUUCUGGAUCCGAGCCCAAAUCUCCUAAAAAGGCCUAAGCCAUUGGCUCUUUGUUUUUAUUUUGUUGUAAAAAAAGUCUAGGAGGUAUCGUCCAAUGUAGUAGGAAUUUAGAUACGCAGUUUAGAUUUUGUUUUAAGGAAAUAGUUGUCUUAUGUUUUGCACAAAAAAUGGUUGUAGCUCUCUCAUGUUGAUCGAUCUAUAAUGGAAAGCAAGCUGCUGCUUGUUUUGUUACCUUUCUGCUAAA